GGUCAACAUAUGUUUUCUAGUUAUUCAGCGUUCAAGUCUGUUUUUUUUGUUACAGUCAGUAAAUUAUUGUCUUCUCAUUAGAAAAUCUUCCUUGGAAUUUUAUUUUAUACUUUUUAUCAAACUGUUGACUACUUAAAGGCUAGUGUUUAAAUAAUUAUUAUCUACAAUUUAAGAGUUGAUAAUCUUAAAAGAAACUAGCUCUUUCCAUUUGUGUUGCCAUUCUUCAUUUUGUCAACAGCUGUGACUGAGUAUUAACUACUCAGUAUUUUGAUUUGUAACUUUACAAUCAAAGAUUACCUGUGAUAUUCCAUAUCUUUGUUCGAAAGGUACCACCUGAAUUGAUAUUCCCCCAUCUAACAAUCAUUGUAUAACAUUAUUCUACACUCUUCAUGCUUAGGUUAACAGAUGACAAUAUAUUGGAACUUUUAACUAUGGAUAAUGAUAUAUUAGAUAUAGAUAGCAAACUUAAUGGUCGAACAAAUUUUGGACCCAAUUUUAAAAUGAUUCCAAUCAAUGAUCAGAUAAAAGAGUUACAGACAGUUAUACGCGAUCGUAACACUGCUAGAAGUGAUUUUGUUUUCAAUGCUGACCGGUUGAUUAGAUUAGUUGUUGAAGAAGGUCUCAAUAGUUUACCUUAUGGUGAAAUGGACAUAGUCACACCAACUGGCGAAACUUACAAUGGGCUUAAAUUUCUCAAAGGCAACUGUGGUGUAAGCAUUGUUAGAAGUGGUGAAGCAAUGGAACAAGGAUUACGAGAUUGUUGUCGAUCUAUAAGAAUUGGUAAAAUACUCAUUCAAAGCGAUGAAGAUACACAUGAGGCCAGGGUUCUUUACGCCAAAUUUCCGGAAGAUAUUGCUAUGCGUAAAGUCCUUCUCAUGUAUCCAAUCAUGAGCACCGGAAAUACUGUGAUAAAAGCUGUUAAUGUUUUGAAAGAACAUAAUGUCAAAGAGUCAAAUAUUAUUUUGUUAAAUCUUUUCUGUACACCAUCAGCGGUUUCUGUUGUCACCAAAGCUUUUCCAUCAAUGACAGUUCAUACCACGGAAGUCCAUCCAGUCGCUCCAAACCAUUUUGGACAGAAAUACUUCGGGACGGAUUGAAACAAGAAAUUUACUAGACAUCAAAAGGACUUUUGGCACAUCUACAACGAACUGAAUAAAUCAAAUUCAUAGAAAUGAAUCAAUUAAGAAACCAAGCCAAGGCUAAUUAUACAAGAUCGAAAAUUCAGUUUCUUAAGUAAUUUUUAAUUGUUAUGAAACUAUUGUUUUUUGUAAAAUCUCAAGACAGUUUAUCAAUCAGUAAAAACCAUUGAAAAUAUAAA